UAGUAUUUUAAUAAUGCAUAUGAUCAUUCGUAACUUAUCAAAGAGAAAAUAAUAUCGAGUGCAACUUCUUUAUUGCAUGUUACCAAUACCAUUUAUGUGUAGAAGAACACGUUUUAGAUAUUUUUUUUAAUGUUGUGUAACUUGUAUGUAUAUAUAUUAUAAAGCAUGGUCCUAACAAAUUGUAAUCAAGCUCUGAAAGCUUCUCUCAACAAUGGCGACCAUUCCUUCUUACAACCUUCUUACGAUCAACCGAAAGAACUCCAUCACCGGUUCCGAGUAGCUACGAGAGCUUCUUUGUCUAGAACCGACGAGGCUUCUCUAUCCGCCGUGAUUUCGAGGCUCGAGCGAGAGAGGCAAGGAUUGAUCGAAGAAACGGAAGGAGCUGGAGUCAUCCGCGGUGGCGGAGAACAGUGGAUGACGGCGGAGGAUUUUCGCCGGCGAGAUAAGAAAGCCGAGGAAGAGAGGAGGCUGAGAGACACGUGGCGUAAGAUCCAAGGAGAAGACGAUUGGGCCGGGUUAAUGGAUCCAAUGGAUCCGGUUCUUAGAACGGAGCUGAUCCGUUACGGCGAAAUGGCUCAGGCCUGUUACGACGCCUUCGACUUCGAUCCUUCCUCGAGAUACUGCGGCAGCUCCAGAUUCUCCCGCCACGAUUUCUUCGAUUCGCUGGGGAUGAACGAUUCGGGAUACGAGGUGGCGCGUUACCUCUACGCGACGUCGAACAUCAAUCUCCCAAACUUCUUCUCGAAAUCGAGAUGGUCCAAAGUCUGGAGCAAAAACGCUAAUUGGAUGGGGUACGUCGCCGUCUCCGACGACGAAGCCACGCGUAACCGCCUUGGCCGCCGUGAUAUCGCGAUCGCGUGGAGAGGAACCGUCACGCAGCUCGAGUGGAUCGCGGAUCUCAAGGAUUACUUGAAACCAGUUUCCGGUAACAACAUCCGGUGCCCCGACCCGGCCGUUAAAGUCGAAUCCGGGUUUCUAGAUCUGUACACUGACAAAGACACGACCUGCAAAUUCUCGAAAUUCUCGGCGCGUGAGCAGAUCUUAGCGGAGGUGAAGCGUCUGGUGGAGAGAUACGGCGAUGACUCGGAGGAGCUGAGCAUUACCGUGACGGGACACAGCCUCGGCGGCGCGUUGGCUAUACUGAGCGCGUACGACGUGGCGGAGAUGAGAUUGAAUCGGACUCGGAGCGGGAAGGUGAUUCCGGUGACGGUGUUAACGUACGGUGGGCCGCGCGUGGGGAACGUGAGGUUCAAGGAGAGGUUGAAGGAGCUGGGAGUGAAGGUGAUGAGAGUGGUGAACGUUCACGACGUCGUUCCGAAAUCGCCGGGACUGUUUCUGAACGAGAGUGCGCCUCACGCGCUGAUGAAGAUCGCGGAGGGGUUGCCGUGGUGUUACUGCCACGUGGGGGAGGAGCUGGCGCUCGACCACCAGAACUCGCCGUUCCUUAAAUCCUCCGUUGAUCCUUCAAACGCUCAUAACCUCGAGGCUAUGCUCCAUCUCCUUGACGGGUAUCAUGGGAAAGGGGAGAGAUUCGUGCUGUCAAGUGGGAGAGACCCAGCGCUGGUGAACAAAGCGUCGGAUUUUCUGAAAGAGCAUUUUAUGGUGCCACCGUUUUGGCGUCAAGACGCGAACAAAGGGAUGGUGAGGAACAGUGAAGGCCGUUGGAUUCAAGCCGAGCGACUCCGUUCUGAGGAUCAUCAUUCUCCCGACAUCCACCACCAUCUCUCCCAGCUCCGUCUUCUCCCUUCUUCUUAAAUCAUCACACCUUUAUACAUAUAAGCAUAUAAAACCACUUUUCUUUGUACACGUCACAUAUAUAAAAAUCCUAAGCGUUUCAUCAUCAUCUCCAACAUUUACUUGCUUGCAGCCUAAUCUUCUUGAUCAAUCUUGCCAAUUGAAUAUGCCACGAGACCAUCAGGCACCAG